AAUUCUGACCAAAAGAAAAAAAAGGGUCACAACUACAGUCAAAAUAAAAGAAGAAAUUGCAGGUCUGCACUGCACAUAGACGGAGGGUUUAAGCCAAGGUUUUGGCUCCUUGUUGUCUUCAACCUCUGUUGCACUGCUCCUUGCUCCGAAACGACGACGUUAAGCUGUUGAAGUUCAGAAUAAACUAUUCAAGUGAGCUCUCAAAUUUCUCUCUCUCUAUCAAUAUGUUUUAUUCAAUCCCUGCUAUUGCUCUGUAGUUAGUUGAUGAAAAUCAAACCCAGAAAAUGACCUAAACCCUUUGAGCUCCCAAUCCCAAAAUGCAUCGCCGCCUUUCCAUUUUCACCCACAAACUUCUCAAAAAUUCCAAUUCUAUCCUCAACACCACCACCAAGCACACCACCACCUUCUUCCUCUGCUCCCAUUUCAACCCCUCAAAUCCUAGGGCCGGUGGGUUUGCCUUUUUUCGCUUUCUUUCAUACUCUCCGGUGAGCCGGCGGCCACCUGAUCCUGAAGACCCCUCCAACUUGAUCAAAGAAGAUGGGGUCUCGGUUAUAUCCCAAAUGUGGAUUGAGAAUUUUCGAGAACCUGAUAGGAUUGCGACCAAUUUGUCCUCUUAUCUUCGGCGGUUGGAGUUGUGGGUAUUGGCGUACCAGAAGGUUUGUGCUGAUGAGAUGGGUGCGUAUAUGCCUCGCAGUGCAAUACAGAGGGCAGCUCUUGAGGACUUGUUAGCACUUCGUAAUGCUGUUCUUGACAGUAGGUUUAGGUGGGGGGCUAGACUAGAAUUCUAUAUAAAAUCACCCAAGGAUAAGACCGAUUACCAGUCAUUGUCAAAGAGGAAAAUUAAGGCCAUCUUGACGACCACACAGCCAACCCCAUUUCAAGAUAGGUUAGUUCAGGAAGUGCUGCUUAUGAUUUUGGAGCCGAUAUAUGAGUCUCGGUUCUCGCAAAAGUCAUUUGCGUUUAGGCCUGGGAGAACCGCACAUACUGCGUUGAGGGUGAUUAGGAGGAGUUUCGCAGGGUACUUGUGGUAUAUAAAAGGCGAUUUGAGUACCAUCUUGGAUGGGACGAAGGUGGGGAUGGUGAUAAAUGCUUUGAUCAGGGAUGUGAGGGAUAAGAAGGUGAUUGAUUUGUUGAAGGCGGCCUUGGUUACACCGGUGAUCACGACUAAGGAUGAUGGGGUGGAGAAGAAGAAAAAGAAGAGGAAAUAUCAGAAGAAGAGGGUGUUGGCAGAGGAUGAACCCAAGCCAGACCCAUAUUGGUUGGAGACCUUUUUUGGGUUUGCACCUGAGGAGGCAGUGAAGCUUCCUUCUUGGGGUCAUUGUGGGAUACUUAGUCCCCUUUUGGCUAAUGUUUGUCUAGAUGAGUUGGACCGCUGGAUGGAGGGAAAGAUCAAGGACUUUUAUCAUCCGUCAAAGAGUGAUGUCAUAUGGAAUAGCCCGGAAGGUGAAGCAGAACAGGGAAAUACGUCUUGGCCUGAAUUUGUGCCAACAAGUGGCCCAGAUAAGACCAGAAAGAUGGAUUACAUACGAUAUGGUGGUCAUAUUUUGAUUGGUAUCAGAGGACCUCGAGCAGAUGCAGCUACAUUGAGAAAACAGUUGAUUGAGUUUUGUGAUCAGAAGUAUAUGCUCAAGCUUGAUAAUGAGAGCCUCCCUAUAGAACACAUAACAAAGGGUAUAAUGUUUCUAGAUCAUGUGUUGUGUCGCAGAGUUGUGUACCCAACGCUUCGUUACACUGCUACUGGUGGGAAAAUCAUUAGUGAGAAGGGCGUAGGCACUCUUUUAUCAGUUACAGCAAGCUUGAAACAGUGCAUCAAGCAAUUUAGGAAGUUGAGCUUUCUGAAGGGGGAUAGGGAUCCAGACCCACAGCCUUGUUUCAGAAUGUUUCAUGCCACCCAAGCUCAUACUAAUGCACAAAUGAACAAGUUUCUGUCCACAAUGGUUGAGUGGUAUAAGUAUGCAGAUAAUCGGAAAAAAAUUGUGAACUUUUGCUCUUACAUAUUAAGGGGUUCACUUGCAAAGCUCUAUGCAGCAAAAUACAAGCUCCGUUCACGUGCAAAGGUGUACAAGAUAGGUUCUAGGAAUUUGAGUCGUCCUUUGAAGGAGAAGAAGGGGCAGUCACCUGAGUACCAUAAUUUGUUGAGGAUGGGUCUUGUUGAGUCAAUUGAUGGGCUGCAGUAUACCAGGAUGUCUCUUGUACCUGAGACUGAUUACAGCCCUUUGCCAAAUAACUGGAGACCCGAUCAUGAGAAGGCAUUGCUCGAAUAUAUAAGGCUUGAUGAUCCAAAAACUAUAGAGGAGCAGCGUAGUUGCAUCAUGGAUCAAGGUCUUGUUUCACCUCAGGAUUACAUUUCAAUGCUUGUUUGGAACUACAAAAGGAAUGCUGUCAUGAUGGAUCAACUUUCCUUGGUCAAUAGUGGUAGCAUUAAUACUGAAAGAGAUCAACUAUUGCUGCUGGGGUCGAACCAGGAUAAACUUGAGCACAGGACUAAAGAAGAAGAGGAAAAUGGUGAACGGUUUAGUGUAUCACAAAUGUAAAAAUUUUACAGGCACAGUAUUUUGCUGAAGUUAUUCAUGUGGCACGUCAUUAUGAUGGCUUUUUACUGGCACACAUGCUGGCAAGUUAUAGAAAUGUUAGCUGUAUGUUGUCAACAAGGCAAUGAUAUUUGUGCGCGCAGUCUUGUUUAUACAUCCCCUCUCACAUGCCGAGUCACAGGCAGCGCCUUGUUAAGUGAAAGCACGGAUAAGCCACAUGCAGUUAUUAGGAGUUUCAAACUUUUUAUAGACAUUUUAUCUGACUGGCGUCCACAGCAAAGGAUGUUCUGCUUUGGGGCUCAUCUAUUGUUUAGUGAAAACCUAAAUAAAGAAAAGGUUUUUAGAUUUCUGUGCUUUGUUCCAUUUUAUCUUAUCUUAAGAGACCUCUGGCUGAGGGAAUUUUUUUGGUUCAAUUUCUGGUUUGUUAGGUGACAUCUGAAUUUGUAUAAAAACACUUAGCAUGUUGCAGGAUUGUACUUUGAGCAAUCUUUUGGGGUGAAUAUGUAGAAAGGUAGCAUUUAUAUAAUUUUUGUGAGUGAUAGUUAGAGGGGCUGUUGUUAGUCCAAAGCUGUAAGUUAUUGCUCAGAUAAUGUUGGUGUCAUUGUAUCUCCAUGUACAGCUUAAUCAUGAAAAAUAACGCUAUCAUUACUGUUUUUGAAGUCUGUUUUCUGAUUGUGUGGUACUUUCUAUGCCCGAAAUUGGCUUAAAAAUUCCAGGCCCCUUUUCAGCUUCUCCAAGUAAUGUUAUUUUACUGAUGUUUUGCUGGCCAAAGGUUAUAUGUUUCUCUGAUCAUCAUAGUUUAUCUUAUCUUUGUUUGCACAACAAUUGUUCUCUGUCUUCACGAUUCUUGGAUUUCAUUUCAUCACUUGUCAUUACUGAAUUAAUGAUCUCUGCUCUGGUUACUGGAGUAGCUGUUAUUACCAGACCAAUUGGUAAAGAGAUGUGCUUACUUGUGCCCCAUGAUUAUGGGUGCUGCCAAUGCUAUAGACUGAGUGUCGAUGUCAGGGGCCUCUCUGUCUCUGUUUACUUGGUGAUUUUAGGAAUUGCAGGGUUUGCUCAAAUAAUAUUACUUGCUGGAUUGUUUCCUUGUUUGGGGCACGCAAGUAUUUGAGCUAGAUUAUCCUUUCAUUAUUUAGUUAAAUACUCAUUUAUGUUUGAAGUUUGAUUCCCAUCUGUCCUAGUCCAGAUAGAUAAUGCCCUCUUUCUGCAAAGUUCACCUUUUCCUAAUCACAUGAAGUAGUAAUUGUGCAAUUGCUACUCAUCUGGUUGUUGACUUCAUUCAAGGACAGAAAUUCACUGAUGGACUGCUGAAGAACUAAAAUUGUUCUCACUCAAUGCAGUGCUCAAUGCAGCUUUGGAGAAGCGAAUCAGGAACCCAACAGUGAGGCAGUGGCUUGACGAGCUUGAAGAUGCACUCUAUGCGGCAGGGGGUUGGAUGAGUUGAAGACUAAAGCUCUGCUCACCCAUUGCGGGCAUGGUGGGAUCGGAAAGCCCUUAACUUUUAUAAAAUGAUCUUAGAGUAAACUAGCAUUUUGAUGUAUUUCUGAAGAAUAUCAUAAUUAUACAAAAAAAAUUAUGAUUCGAUCACUUCGCAAACUUGUGGUAUUGGGGAACUAGAUUCACUUCUCGGAGGUAUUUGGUUUGCGUGAAAAUGAUCCAUCAAGGGAAACAUUUAUCACCCUUUCUUCUUUUCUUUCUGUGCACAAGUAUGUAUCAAUGUGGAAUUGGAACAGCGGAUGGUGUUGUCUUGUGAUCCCCUGUACUUGGGCACUUGGGAAGUCACGACUCACAUGGAUGCCGUGCCACUGAUCAAGCCAUCUACUACUUUACAGGACAAUUACAACAUGGGAGCUUGACAUUAGAAAGGAAACUGCAUUGAAGCUUCGCAGCACAUAGGCCCUACUGGUAUAUAUCUCUAGUAGAAAAUUAGAUUUGUCCCCAUAUAAAUUAAAUUACUCAUAUGAUGAAGCAUGGGCCCUACUGGUCAUGACCUUUCAGACAAGUCUUUUUCAUGUCAAAAAUUUGUCUUGUGGCCAUGUUAGUUUGCUGAAUGAUGAAUGGUUAGAUUCACACAUCUUGAAGGGAAAAGAAAAGUUA